CCCCACCAAUAAAAGGACCAGGGAGGAUCAGAGAGGCCAGAGGAUUCUUAGGCUCCUGCUCCACAGCCCACACUGUCUUCUUCCACCGCCGCUCAGAUCCGCUCAGACCUACAUCAUGUCGUGCCGCUCCUACAGGAUCACUUCAGGAUUUGGCGUUACCAGAAACUUCAGCUCCUGUUCGGCUAUGGCCCCCAAAACCGCCAACCGCUGCUGCAUCACGGCCGCCCCCUAUCGCGGCGUCUCCUGCUACCGAGGCCUGACGGGCUUCAGCAGCCGCAGCCUCUGUAACCUGGGCUCUGGUGGAGCCCUCAUGGCGGUCGGCGGCUUCCGUGCUGGAUCCUCCAGCCGCAGCUUUGGCUACCGCUCUGGAGGCGUGUGCGGGCCCAGCGCCCCUUGCAUCACUACUGUGUCGGUCAACGAGAGCCUGCUCACGCCCCUCAACCUGGAGAUCGAUCCUAAUGCGCAGGGCGUGAAGCACGAGGAGAAGGAGCAGAUCAAGAACCUCAACAGCAAGUUCGCUGCCUUCAUCGACAAGGUGCGCUUCCUGGAGCAGCAGAACAAGCUGCUAGAGACAAAAUGGCAGUUCUACCAGAACCGCAAGUGCUGUGAGAGCAACCUGGAGCCUCUGUUCAAUGGCUACAUCGAGACGCUGAGGCGGGAGGCCGAGUGUGUGGAGGCUGACAGCGGGAGACUGGCCUCUGAGCUCAACCACGUGCAGGAGGUGCUGGAGGGCUAUAAGAAGAAGUAUGAAGAAGAGGUGGCUCUGAAAGCCACAGCAGAGAACGAGUUUGUGGUUUUGAAGAAGGAUGUGGACUGUGCCUACCUGCGGAAAUCAGACCUGGAGGCCAAUGUGGAGGCCCUGGUGGAGGAGACUAGCUUCCUGAGGCGGCUCUAUGAGGAGGAGAUCCGCGUUCUCCACUCCCACAUCUCAGACACCUCAGUCAUCGUCAAGAUGGACAACAGCCGAGACCUGAACAUGGACUACAUUGUAGCUGAAAUCAAGGCUCAGUACGAUGACAUUGCCAGCCGCAGCCGAGCCGAGGCUGAGUCCUGGUACCGCACCAAGUGUGAGGAGAUGAAGGCCACGGUGAUCCAGCACGGGGAGUCCCUGCGCCGCACCAAGGAGGAGAUCAACGAGCUGAACCGCUUGAUCCAGAGGCUGACGGCCGAGAUCGAGAAUGCCAAGUGCCAGCGUGCCAAGCUGGAGGCUGCGGUAGCUGAGGCAGAGCAGCAGGGUGAGGCAGCCCUCAAUGACGCCAAGUGCAAGCUGGCCGGGCUGGAGGAGGCCCUGCAGAAGGCCAAGCAGGACAUGGCCUGCCUGCUCAAGGAGUACCAGGAGGUGCUGAACUCCAAGCUGGGCCUGGACAUCGAGAUCGCCACCUACAGGCGCCUGCUGGAGGGCGAGGAGCAGAGGCUGUGCGAAGGUGUAGGCUCCGUGAAUGUCUGCGUCAGCAGCUCCCGUGGCGGAGUCACCUGCAGCAGCCUCACAUGUAGCACCACUCCUGGGCGCCAGAUUGCCUCUGGCCCCUUGGCCACGGGGGGCAGCAUCACAGUGAUGGCACCUGACUCCUGUGCCCCCUGCCAGCCCUUCACCUCCAGCUUCAGCUGCGGGAGCAGCCGGUCGGUCCGCUUUGCGUAG